GUCAUGGCUCACCAGCGGGCACCGGGUCAUCUGGCAAGGCAGUGGGCACCGAGUCACCAGGCAUUGGAUCAUCGUCUGGCAUCGGGUCACCACAUCAGGCAUUUGGACAGCGGGCAUUGGAUCGUCUGGCUUGACAGCAGGCAUCAGGUCACCAGGCAUGACAGCGGGCACUGGGAUCGACAGCAGGCACCGGGUCAUCUGGCGCUGGAUCGUCUGGCUCGACAGCGGGCAUCGGGUCACCAGGCAUGACAGCGGGCACUGGGUCACAGGCAUUGGAUCGUCUGGAUCGACAGCGGGCAUCGGGUCACCAGGCAUGACAGCGGGCACUGGGUCAUCAGGCAUUGGAUUGUCUGGAUCGGCAGCAGGGGCAUCGGGUCACCAGGCAUGACAGCAGGCACCGGAUCGUCUGGAUCGACAGCAGGCACCGGGUCAUCAAGCAUUGGAUCGUCAGGCUGGGUACAGACAUCAGGCUGGACGGCAGGCUCACCGGUUUGGAUACUGGCAGGAUGGUACUGGUUAGAAAG